UUCUCUUUCGAUCCAAACGAAACAAAUCAAAGCGCAUUGGUAAGAGGAAACGAACAAAGACGGAAAAAAUCGCCGGCAACACCAAACAAUCGCAAAAUUUCUGUUGCAAAAAUCCGAAUGCUCCUUUGUAGAACCAGAAAUGCUGUUCUCAAACCCUCUCUUUCCUCUCUUCUUCAUUUUUACUCUUCAAAUUCCAAGAAAAACAAAACUAACCCUAAUUUCAAAAACCCUAAAACCCUUUCCCCCAAAUCACUUCAACCCAAUUCCCCCAAAGCUCCAAUUCCGCGUCUUUUACCUAAUACAACGAUGUACUCAUUGCUCACUGACCUUGUUUCUUGCACCAGUGAAACUGACACUGCCAUUGACAGUGUUUUGGAUUCAUACAAAGGGGAAUUAACCUCCAACCUCGUUCUUGGUGUUUUGAUGAGUUACAAUCACUUGGGUAGAGCUAAAACUUUGAAAUUUUUCUCAUGGGCUGGUGAAAAAAUGGAUUUUGAAUUUGAUGAUGAUGUGAUUGAGUACAUGGUUGAUUUCUUUGGUAGAAGGAAGCUUUUUGAUGAUAUAAAGUGUUUGUUGAUGACAAUUGUUGCUCGGAAGGGUCGAGUUUCGUAUAAGGCGUUGUCGAUUUGUAUUAGGUUUUUGGGGAGAGAAGGGAGGAUUAAUGAAGUGUUGUCAUUGUUUGAUGAAAUGGAGAGUGUGUUUGGGUGUAAGCCUGAUAAUCUUGUGUGUAAUAAUGUGCUUUAUGUGUUGUGUAAGAAGCAAUCUUCUGUGGAGAUGAUUGAGCUUGCGCUUUCGAUUUUUGAUAAGAUUGAAUCUCCUGAUAGUUUUUCUUGUAGUAACAUGAUUGUUGGUUUGUGUAGACUUGGUAGAUUUGAGGCGGCUCUUGAGAUUUUUCGUAAAAUGGAUAAGGUUGGCGUGCAUCCGACUCGUUCUGCGAUGAAUGUUCUUAUCGGGGAGCUUUGUUCGAUGAGUUCAAAAGAAGGGUCUGUUGAGAAAGUGAAAGUGACGAAUGUCCGUAGACCGUAUAAUAUUUUAGUUCCUAACAUGGGAGGAAAUCAGGCUGCAAUUCAGCCUGCUGUUGAAGUGUUUUUCACCGUUGUUAGUUCCGGCUUGUUUCCUAGUACUUUUGUUGUGUUUAAGCUUAUGUCCGAGCUUUGUCGUUUAGGUAACACCGAAGAAGCUGUUAAAGUGUUGAAGAUUGUUGAGGAGAGGAAGCUAACUUGUGUUCAAGAGGGAUACUCAAUUGUUAUGAAAGCAUUGUGCGAUCAUCGCAGAGUGGAGGAAGCCGGUAAUUUGUUUGGGAGAAUGUUGGAGACCGGCUUAAAGCCGAAGUUGGUUGUUUACAAUUCUAUUAUAUCGAUGUUGUGCAAACUAGGAGAUUUAGACAACGCGCACGGUGUGUUUGAAAUCAUGAACAAGAAUCGAUGUUUUCCAGAUAGUUUAACAUACAUUGCUUUAAUCCACGCUCAUUGCGAGUUUAAGAAUUGGAAAGUUGCGUAUGAAUUGUUGGUCGAAAUGUUGAGUUUGGGAUGGAUUCCACAUUUUCAUACUUACAAUUUGGUGGAUAGUCUUUUGAAAGAACAUGAUCAGUUGAAUCUGUGCCUUAAAUUGGAAAGGAAAUUGGAGAAUCAGAAGUUGCUGAAGAUGUGUAAGGAAGGUCAACUAGAUGAUGCUUAUGAGAAAGUAAAAUCAAUGCUUGAAAAGGGUGUUUAUUUGUCGGCUUAUGCUAGAGACACAUUUAAGGUUGAGUUUCAAAAGAGUGGCAAGUUAGAAAUAGCACAUCAGUUACUUGAAAAUACUCAAAGAGUUAAGGAGAAUCAGGAGAUAUAAUUAACAGAAGCUAAUUAGUUGUAGAAUACAAAUUCAUUUGUUGUUGUAACAAAUUUUGGGUUUUAGAGUUGAUAUUUUUGUGCUGUCAUAUAAAUUUUUAACAUUAUGAUCUAGAGAAUAGAUAAUUGAUGAACUAGCAGAGAUAGGAGAACUCACGUGACUAGGGGCAUACAACUUUGACAUGAAGUCAUGAUUCUGUGUGGUUAGAUGUAAAGGGGCUGGAUGGUCGACAGGGGCUUAAUCACUUAGAGUUUUUCUGCACUGCUAUUGAUAGGAGGGUUAGACAGAAACAGGUUUCUCUGUUUUGGUUGGCCACUUUGUGGUCUGUUUGGUUGGCUAGAAACAACCUUUUAUUCAAGGGUAUGCCGGCUGUGUUAGAUAAUAUAGUAGAAAAUAUUAAGAUGGUGUCUUGGUCUUGGUUUUCCAUUGGCAACAAGGGGGUAAAAUGUCCCUUGUGGUACAACUGGUUCCAUGCACCUUUAGAUUGUUUUUCUGCAUGCUGAAUGUAUUUCUAUUGAGUACUGUUGGUACUCUUUCAUAAUACAUACCUUUUACUUAUAAAAAAAAAAAUGAUUUUGUUCAUAUGAGUAGUUACUCUUGCUAAGGGUCUCUACACUAAUAUCUUUGGUUUCUCUAGGGUUAGAAACAAUAUCUUCAA